AAUGAAAUUAGAUCUGACUAAUCAAUCGUUUGAAAAAAUCAGGAUCAGAGAUACCUCAUUAAUGGGAGGAAACUUUGUAAGGUGUAAUCUAAGUGAAUCAGAGUUUUAUAAUGUGGAUCUAAAUGGAGUAAAUUUGAAAGGAGCUACUAUUUAAUUGUAGGUGGAAGAACAUUUAAAUACACGAAUUAAACAAACUAGAAGGGCAUAGCUGUUUUGUUAAUUCAGUCUGUAUCUCACCUGAUGGAACUACAUUAGCAUCUGGUGGGGGGGAUAAGUAUAUCUGUUUAUGGGAUGUUAAGACAGGAAAAUAAAAAGUAAAAUUGUAGGGUCAUUAACAUGGAAUCUACUCAGUUUGCUUCUCACCAGUCGGAGCUACAUUAGCAUCUGGUAGUCAUGAUAAGUCUAUCCGC